CUCAGCGCAUCCAACCACCAUAACCGCAGCUUCAGCAGUCGUCGAUCCUGUCCUAUUCCGUCGUUCAUCUGCCUUACCUAUUGCAUCUGAAAGCCCUGUUCGGUGUCUUGCACCUAUCAGGGAAAACGUGCGCACUGCACCCACUCUUUCCGGCUGGAGUCUGGGAAAUCUGGACGGUCCCAGGUAGAUCGGUGCUAGGGCAAAACCUUGAUAAAAAUAACUUGUUCGAUCUUGGGUCCGACGGCCAAUUGUAUACGCACUGGAGACUCUUGAUGAUUCGGUCCGUGACGAAAGUAAACGCUAUCCGCAUGCGACUUGCAGAUCUUCCAGAGGGAUAUAAUAAAGUCGUGCAUCUAUGACCUUGCAGGACACGACCCGCCCCCUCCUGCCCUCUAUAUUAUCGAUACCCUCUGCCACUAGCGUCGUACAUCACUCUUCACAAUCCAUUCUCCUCUCAUUCAUGAUGAAGUUCACAAACUAUCUUUUGACAACUGCAUCACUCGCAAGCAGUGUCCUAGCGGUUCCAGCUCCCCGCACCGGCUUGGAGGACAGACUCCGUACGCGGUCAUUGCAGCGCCAGUCACAUCCUCUUGCACCACUUCCACUUGACACAUCCACCAAAGAGGAGUCCCGACUCCUUGAACCUGACGAAAAUACUACCCAUGUUACAUACAGCAGUAAUUGGGCGGGCGCAGUGCGCGAGCAACCACCUCCGCAAGGCACGUAUUCUGCCGUGUCGGCAACCUUUCGCGUACCAGAACCCACGGCGCAAGGGGGUAGUGGAACGCAGGCUGGAUCGGCCUGGGUCGGGAUAGAUGGCGACACAUACAGCAACGCCAUUCUCCAAACAGGAGUCGACUUCUACGUGGAAAACGGGCAGACGUACAACGAUGCCUGGUAUGAGUGGUAUCCAGACUAUGCAUACGACUUCGACCUGGAUGUGAGCACAGGUGACACAAUUGUCGCCAAGGUGGAAGCCAUCUCGCCGAGUCAAGGCGUAGCCACAAUCGAAAACAUAUCAACAGGGAAGAAGGCCACGCAGACGAUCAAAGCCCCAGCUGCGACAGCCACUCUUGCCGGACAGAAUGCCGACUGGAUCGUGGAGGAUUUCCAGUCUGGCGACUCAAUGGUCGAUCUGGCUGGCUUCGGGGAAAUCAGCUUCUGGGGCGUGCAAGCACAAGGGGGAGGGUCUACAUGGGGUGUAGAUGAUGCGACUAUUGUCGAGCUGAAGCAGGGCAACCAGGUGUUGACGGACGUGGACGUGCAAAGUGACUCGGCCUUCACCGUGUCAUAUACGAGCUAAUGUGAUGGUAUAUAAUUGCAUUUUCUCAUUCUUCGAUCAUUUUUCUCCUUUUUGGCCGGUGACAUAAUUUCUGUGGUUGAUUUUGAAGACGCCUUGAUGUAUUUCGGUAGUACUACUUAGCUUAAGGUUGAUACAUCCAGCAUGCGGGCUCGGCUAUUGGGAGGAACCAAGAAGGCUAUAUGGCCCUCGGGUAUUUGCCGCAUUCUAUGAUCGCAUGCCUUUUCGGUUUUCCUUAUAUAUAUCAACUUUCUACUUCCCUAAA